UAAAGAAGUGCCUCUGAACCAAUCCCACCUGACUUGCUCCGAUUUUCUCUCCCCAACGCCAAGAUUCUCUCUCUCUCUCUCCUCUGUUGAAUUCUUUCACAUGAUUUCUCAGCAGAGAGGCAUCUCCCCACACUACAAAACCUUCUCCCUCUUCAUCUUCCCUUCCAUUUUGUUCCCUUCUCCAUGGACUAAAACCCCCAGCUAGAGAGAGAGAGAGAGAGAGAGAGGUAUUGCAGAAAUAGAAGCAUAAAGAGGAUAGAGAAAAAGUCCCCAAAACCCAUUUUGCUUCAGCUCUGUUCAUAUCACUUGUUUUUGCGACUUGUUCAUUGCAAUGGAACUCCCCCAUCUAAUUUUCAAAGAAUCUUACCAAUUAUAUUUCCAGCUUUCGCAAUUCCUGACAAGAAAGCAACCCCAUCGUUCCUGUAUUUUGAAUAGAAAGAAAUGGAAGAAUCCAUCACGCCCAAACAACCCAUUUCGGCAUUCUCCACUUGUAUUCCUGCUUCUUCUUCUCCAUCUGCUUACUUCAAAAUUUCCCCUCGUAUCAAGCCAGGGUUGGGAUGGGAUUAUCGUUACUCAAGCUGAUUAUCAAGCUUUGCAGGCUUUUAAGCAUGCAUUGUACGAUCCGAAAAGGGUGCUGCGGAGCUGGAAUGAUAGCGGUCUCAGCGCCUGUUCAGGUGGGUGGAUUGGGAUCAAAUGCGUUAGAGGUCAGGUUAUAUCAAUCCAGCUCCCCUGGAAAGGAUUGGGUGGUCAGAUAUCCGAUAAGGUGGGCCAGCUCCUUGCUCUCCGUAAGCUUAGCCUCCACGACAAUCUCAUCGUGGGUCAAGUCCCUUCCUCACUUGGGUUCUUACCCAAUCUCCGAGGAGUUUCCCUCUUCAACAACCGUCUUUCCGGAUCAAUCCCGCAAUCCAUUGGUUCAUGUUUGCUGCUUCAGACCCUCGAUCUAAGCAACAAUUCCAUUACGGGUUCCAUACCGGAGUCUCUCUCAAACUCUACUAGGCUCUACCGACUGAAUCUCAGCUACAAUGGCCUCGCAGGUCGUGUUCCAUCUGGUCUCUCCCGCAUCCCAUCCCUCACCUUCCUUGCUCUCCAACACAACAAUCUGUCAGGUUCAAUUCCAGAUAGCUGGGGAGGGGUAUCAGGCAACAGAAACUCAUAUCAGCUCCGAUCCUUGGUUCUCGAUUAUAACUCCAUUACUGGAAGAAUUCCUCCUUCUUUGAGCAAAUUAGAAAAACUCGAAGAGAUUUCACUCAGCCAUAACAAGAUCAAUGGAAGCGUACCCGAACAACUCAAGACUCUGUCGCAGCUCCAAACACUCGAUCUAUCCAACAAUGACAUUGAUGGAAGAUUCUCUGCCAGCCUCUGCAACCUAUCUUCGCUAGUCCAAUUGAAUCUCGAAAACAACCACAUUGAGGAUCGGAUACCAGAAGCUAUUGAUGGAUUAAAAAGGCUAUCCAUUCUCAAACUGAGAGGGAAUAAAUUCAGUGGUCCCAUUCCAGCGACUCUCAGCAAUAUUUCUGGCUUGUCCAAAUUGGAUUUAUCCCAAAACAAUCUCACCGGAGGUAUUCCAGCUUCGAUCGCCAAUAUAUCAAAUUUACAAUCUUUCAAUGUCUCUUAUAACAAUCUAUCAGGUCCUGUUCCAUUCCUCUUGUCUGAAAAAUUCAAUUCAAGCUGUUUUAGAGGAAACUCUCAGCUGUGUGGGUACAGUGUUUCCGUCCCAUGUCAGAAACCUCCAUCACAAAAUCUCAGUCCUCCAAAACCCCAUCGUGGUCAGAAACUCAGCACCAAAGAUAUCAUUCUCAUUGCUGCUGGGGCACUCCUUGCGGUUCUGCUCUUAGUCUGCUGUGUUCUGCUCUGUUGUUUGAUUAGGAAGAGAAACAUUUCUGCGCGAAAGAGUCCGCCUGCGGGUGGGGCAGCAGGGAGGGGAGAUAAGGCAGGGCCCGCAAUAGGAGAGGUGGAAUCUGGUGGUGAGGCUGGGGGAAAGCUGGUCCAUUUUGAUGGGCCUAUGGUGUUUACAGCAGACGAUCUUUUGUGCGCAACCGCUGAGAUAAUGGGGAAAAGCACAUAUGGGACAGUUUAUAAAGCCACAUUGGAGGAUGGUAAUCAGGUGGCUGUGAAGAGAUUGAGGGAGAAGAUUGCGAAGAAUCAGAGGGAGUUUGAAGUGGAGGUGAACACGCUGGGGAAGAUCCGGCACCCGAAUCUUUUGGCACUUAGAGCUUAUUAUCUGGGCCCCAAAGGAGAGAAGCUGCUUGUCUUUGAUUUCAUGCCUAAAGGGAGUCUUGCAUCCUUCCUCCAUGCUCGUGGACCCGACACCCCCAUCGAGUGGGCAACAAGGAUGAAAAUAGCCAUAGGCGCGGCACGAGGGCUUUGCUACCUCCACACUAACGAGAACAUUCAUGGGAACCUGACAUCCAGCAAUAUCCUAAUCGAUGACGACAACAAUGCAAAGAUCGCUGAUUUUGGACUAUCGCGGCUGAUGACUACUGCUGCCAACUCCAAUGUGAUAGCAACAGCAGGGGCACUGGGCUACCGUGCUCCCGAGCUCUCCAAGCUCAAGAAGGCUAGCCCAAAGACUGAUGUCUAUAGCCUUGGGGUGAUCAUACUGGAGCUGCUGACGGGCAAGUCCCCAGGCGAGGCAAUGAAUGGCAUCGACUUGCCGCAGUGGGUAGCCUCGAUCGUGAAGGAAGAGUGGACAAACGAGGUGUUCGAUUUGGAGUUGAUGAGGGAUGCAUCCACCACUGGUGAUGAACUUCUCAACACGUUGAAAUUGGCACUGCAUUGCGUAGAUCCCUCCCCAGCUGCUCGUCCGGAGGUGCAUCAACUACUCCAGCAAUUGGAGGAAAUAAAGCCUGAAUUUGCAGGAGCAGCAGCUGCAUCUGGAUCAGGUGAUGAUGGCACCACUGCUGAAGCUCCUUCCGCUGGUGAUUGAUAACGAUAUUUUGUUGUCAUUCUUUAUUUCUUGAUUUUUUUUUAUUUUUUAUUUUUUUUUGAUGUUUUAUCUAUGGAUAUUAUGGGCUAUGUUUGAUUCUUUUAUUCUUGGAGUUUUCUUUUUGAUGGAUUUUCCGAUCAUGUGUUUCCAGUUUUAGUGCAUGUAAAUAUAAAUAGUCUUUCUUGGGAA